CUCAGUCUUUUGCCCAGAGGCUUCAGCUCCGAGUUCCCUCCAUGGAAUCUUUGUUUCGAAGCCCAGUAAAGGAUUCCCUGUUCCGCUCUUCUUCUAAGGAGUCCCUGGUACGAUCUUCUUCAAAAGACUCAUUGAAUCGACUGGACUUGGAUGCAGCCGGUCCCACCUUUGAUCCACCUUCCGACAUUGAAAGUGAAACAGAAGAGCCUCCGGGAAACAUGGACAGCCUCAGCAAAGAGCAGCUGCUGCAGCGACUGCGCAGGAUGGAGCGCAGUUUGGCCAACUAUAGGGCAAAGUACUCUGAGCUAGUUUCUGCUUAUCAAGUUAUCCAGCGGGAGAAGAAGAAGCUACAAGGCAUUCUGAGUCAAAGUCAGGAUAAAGCACUUCGCAGAAUUGGAGAACUGAGAGAGGAGCUCCAGAUGGAUCAACAAGCUAAGAAACAUCUUCAAGAGGAAUUUGAUGCUUCCUUAGAAGAAAAGGAUCAACUUAUUAGUGUCCUACAAACUCAGGUAUCGUUGCUGAAACAAAGGCUACAGAAUGGUCAGAUAGACACUGAAUUGCCUGAUCCCAAUAUCCAACCACAAGUUCAGAGUCCAACAAAAGAAAUCAGUACAGAAAAUACUGCGGAACUAGGAAAUUCUGUUAAAACACUGGAAACUCUUAACCAGAGGGUGAAGCGCCAAGAGAACUUACUGCAACGUUGUAAGGAGAUGAUUCAGUCUCAUAAGGAGCGCUGCGCCCAAUUAACCAACGAGAAGGAGGCACUUCAAGAACAGUUAGAAGAAAGACUUCAGGAACUGGAGAAAAUGAAGGACCUUCACAUGGCUGAGAAGACUAAGCUGAUUACGCAGCUGCGCGAUGCAAAGAAUUUGAUUGAGCAGCUAGAACAAGACAAGGGCAUGGUAAUUGCAGAGACAAAGCGACAAAUGCACGAAACAUUGGAAAUGAAGGAGGAGGAGAUAGCCCAACUGCGUGCUCGGAUCAAACAAAUAACUACAAAAGGCGAGGAAUUAAAAGAACAGAAGGAAAAAUCUGAAAGAGCUGCUUUUGAAGAGCUUGAGAGGGCUCUGAGUAUUGCCCAAAAGACAGAGGAAGCCCGGAAAAAAUUGCAGGCAGAUAUGGAUGAAAAAAUCAAAGCAGUAGAAAAGGCAAGUGAGGAAGAGAGGGUAAAUCUUCAACGGGAGUUAACCAGAGUGAAACAAGAGGUGGUUGAGAUUAUGAAGAAGUCUUCAGAGGAGCGUGUUGCUGAACUAGAAAAAUUCCAUAAAAAAGAAAUGGCUACCAAAGAUCAGGAGCUAAAUGAGAGAUUACAGGCCCAAGAAAAGGCAUUCGAGGAGAAGAUGAAGGCAGCUCUUGAAAAAAAUCAGAGUGAGUGUUUAAAAACCCUUCAAGAACAAGAGCAGCAAGAAUCCCUAGCGUUAGAAGAAUUAGAGCUGCAGAAGAAAGCAAUACAGUCAGAGUGUGACAAGAAAGUUCAGAAGAUGCAUCAAGAAGUAGAGACUUUCAGAACUAGGAUUCUUGAACUGGAAAGCUCUCUUGCAAAGUAUUCACAAGAUGACAGAAAGCAAUCAGAGGAAUUAAGUACUCUGAUGGAGUCUGAAAAAAAGCAGCACAAUAAGGAAAUCAAUGAUAUAGUUGAAAAGCACAAGAAAGAAUUGGAGAACGUGAAACAGCAGCAGGAAGAGCUUUGGACAGAAAAACUUAGAAUCUUAAAGCAACAGCAAGUAACAGAAAUAGAGAAAAUGAGAGAGAAACAGCAACAAGAGAUGGAUACAAUUUUGAAAGAGAAAGAAACAGUUUUCCAGGCACACAUAGAAGAGAUGAAUGAAAAAACAUUAGAAAAACUUGAUGUGAAACAAACAGAACUAGAAGCACUGUCUUCUGAGCUAUCAGAGGCACUAAAAAUACGUCAUGAUUUAGAACAAGAGCUCUCUGAAUUGAAUAGUAAAGUAUGUGAAGCGAAGCAAGAAUUGGAAGGAAAAUUGGAAGAAGAGAGGAAACGACACAAAGAAGAGGUUGGAAUGAUGUUAAAAGAGCAUGAAAUGUCUAUUCAAGGUGUUGAGAAGAUACUCAAAGAGGAACUCAACAAACUCAAGCAAUCAUUAGAGGAGAAAGACAGGCAACUGGAGGAACUAAAAGCACAUGAACAGAAACUAAAGGAAUCUGCAGAAAGAUCUGAAGCUGAACUUGUCCAAGCGACUGGAAAGCUGGAGGAGCUUUCAGAAUCUCAUCGGAGUACUUCUAAUGAGCAGGCAAAGAUUUAUGAAGAGAAAUUAGCAAAACUGGAGCAAAAUCUGACAGAUCUUGAAGGUGAAAAAUUGCAGCUUCGUGAGCAACUAGAAAGAACUGAAUCCCAGCUGAAUGAAGUCAAGAAUGAGUUAGAAGCAUAUAUCUCCCAGGUACAUGACCUGAAGCAGCGUUUGCAAGAGCAGAGUAAUGAAAAUACACAAAAAGUAACUUCUCUAACACAACAAUAUGAAGGUCAACUGAAGGAUCUACAAAGAGAGGCUGAUGAGACAAAGAGAAGUCUAAGUGAAAAGGAAAAUGAAAUUGAACACAUGAAGUUAGAGGACAAGCAAGUAGAAGAGCUGAAACAGAAACUGUUAGCCGCAGAGGAGAGAAUUAGUGCUUUACAAGGGGAAUAUGAAAGUAAACUGAAACGUCAGGAGAACAAAUUGGAGAAAAUUAAACAGAAAUCAAAAGAUAUGCAAGAAACUUUCAAAAAGAAACUUGCUGAGCAGGAAGCUAAACUAAAAAAAGAGCUUGAAAACAAGCAGUUGGAGUUCAGUCAGAAAGAGAGUGAGUUCAAUGCUAAAAUGUUGGAAAUGGCACAUGCCAGCUCAGCCGGAAUCAAUGAUGCCGUGUCAAAACUGGAAUCUAAUCAGAAGGAGCAACUAGAGAGUCUUGCUGAGGCUCAUAGGAGGGAGUUGGAAGAAAUUGUCCAGAGUUGGGAAAAGAAACUCAAUCAACAGGUCGAAGAGCUCAAGGAAAAACAUGAAAUGGAACUGCAAGAGAAAGAGCAGGAAGUUGGAGACCUGAAACAGAAACUUGCCACCUUCAGUGCUGAGAAGGAGGGCUCCAGAACAGAAAUAACCCAACUGAAGGAAGAACAGGUGAGAAGGGAGGAGUCCCUGAAGGAAUUGCAAGAAGAACUAAGGCAGUCAGUGGCUAAGGUGAACGCUUUGUCAGAUAAGGAAAAUGACCUGAAAACCCAGUUGAAAAAAUUGGAAGGUGAUCUUAAUCAGUCCCUGAAAGAGCAGUCAGGACUUCAAGAACAGCUCAGUAAACAGAAAGCAGUUGAAGAAAAGGACAAAGCCAAAAUCACUGAGCUGGCCAAUACACUGAAAACACUUGAAGAGAAACUCCAAACUGUGCAGUCUUCUCAGUAUAAAGAUCAUGAAAAUUAUGAGAAAAAAAUAGAGGCAAUCCGGCAAAAAGAAACGGAGUUUAAAAGGCAGUCAGCAGAACUUGCAGCCCAGUUGGAUGCUUCUUGGAAGAAUGCUGAAGCUUUGCUGCAAACAAAAAGCAAUGAAUUAAUUGAAAAAUGUAAUGAAAAAAUCGGUGUAGUAACAUGCAAAAUUGCAGAUUGCGAGCACCGAACUGCGAAAGUUAAAGAAGCAGUAUUAAUGAAAACGAGUAAGAUUCUUGAGCUAGAAGCUCGACUUGGAGAAGUAACAGAGCAUCAUUCUGCCGCAAGUACUUCUUUGCAAAAGUCAAUGCAACAGCUACAAGAGAAGGACGAUUUAAUUAUGUCCAUGAGAGCUGACAUUGAAGGACUCGUAACAGAAAAGGAACAGUUGCAAAAAGAAGGAGGGCAUCAGCAGCAAGCAGCAUCAGAAAAAGAAACGUGCAUAACACAGCUGAGGAAAGAGUUAUCUGAAAAUAUCAACGCUGUCACCUCAAUGAGCGAGGAACUCCAGGAAAAAGAAUCCGAGAUCUCUGCUCUCAACAAAACGAUUAAUGACCUUAACGUUAGACUUGAGAGCAUGGUAAGUCUAACGGAGAAGGAAGCAGCCAUGUCUCUGUUAAGCAAGCAACAUCAAGAGGAUCGGAUGCAGUUGUUAAACCAGGUACAGGAGUUAUCGUCCAGAAUUGAGAUGCUGAGUCAAGAAAAAGCAUCGGCUCUUGAGCAGGUAGAUCACUGCACAGCCAAGCUGUCGGAGUGGAAGACGAAAGCACAAACCAGAUUCACGCAAAAUCAUGAUGCUAUUAAAGAUUUGCAGAGCAAACUUGAAUUAAGCAAUACUGAAGCCAAUAAGAAAGAUGAAGAGCUAAAUAAACUGAAGGAGCAGCUGGCUAAACAAAGCAAGAAUCUGGAUAGUUUAAAAAGUGAGUUGGAACAAAAGCAAAACAGGAGGGAAAAGGAAGAAAGUGAGUUAACUGCAAAGUUAAAAAACCAAACAGCAAGAAUUGCUGAACUAGAAGAACACGUUGCUCAGAAAACUUUAGAAAACGAUUCCUUGAUGGAGGAACUCAGAAAGUAUCAUGAACAAAAAGACACAGAACAGAAAGAGAUAGCUUGGCAACUCCAGCAGGCAGAGAAGGCGGCUUUUGAAAAGGACAAUAGGUUUAAGGAAGCUGAAGAAAAAGUGCUUAAUCUUGAGAAGCAAAUAGGGUCACUGAAAGCUGAAUUUGAAGCAAAGGAGAGGGAAUUUGAUCAAAUGAAAUCAGUGAUGCUUAAAAGCAAAGAGGAAGAACUGAAAGAAUUGGAAGAGAAACUGAAUGCAGAGAACAGCACUAAGCUGGCAGAUCUGAAAAAAAAGGCAGAGCAAAAAAUCGGUUCUAUUAAAAAGCAACUGAUGUCUCAAAUGGGUGAAAGGGAAAAGCAAUUUAAGCAGGACAGAGAAAAUCAGUUAAGAGACUUGGAACAAAAAGAGGAGCAGAUUAGGACUGAAAGCCUCAGAAAAGAACUUGAGGAGCAAACCAAAAAAUACUCACUGUUAGCGGAUGAGCAUGCUCGGUGUGGUGGUGAUUUAGCAAGCACCAGGGAAGAAUUAAAAGCUAAAGAGCAAAAACAUCUUGAUAUGGAGAAUGUAAUAGGAGAUUUCCAGAAAAAAAUGCAGGAAAAGGAGGCAGUCAGGCAAUCUUUAGAACUGAAGAUAAAAGAGAUGGAAAAUUUAGUGAGGGAAAAUGAAGUGCUUAAGAUUGAAAUGGAAGAGAAGAGUUCGAGAUAUGAAGAAAAGCUAAGAAGUUUACAGCAACAGUUGGAUGAAAGAAAUGACAGUCUGAAAGCUUUUGAGGAAAACGCUGAAGGAAAGGCUAAAUCUGGUUUGGAGCUGCAGAAGUUACUGGGCGAUAUGCAGAACCAGCAGAAGGACUUGCAGACUAAACUGGAAGAGACUGAAAGGGAGAAACAGAAACUACGCAAAGAAGUGAAUAAUCUUCAAAAAGACUUACGUGCUCUGCGAAAAGAACAUCAGCAGGAGCUUGACAUAUUAAAGAAGGAGUCCUUAGAAGAAAUGGAGCAGAAAAUCAGAUGUGAACAAGAAGACAUUGAGUUAAAGCACAACUCCACCUUAAAGCAGUUAAUGAGAGAGUUCAAUACUCAGCUGGCUCAAAAAGAGAGAGAAUUGGAAACAGCAGUAAAAGAGACAAUCAAUAAAGCCCAGGAGGUAGAAACUGAAUUGAUAGAAAAUCAUCACAUAGAGACAACACAAUUGCAUAAAAAAAUUGCUGAAAAAGAUGAUGAUCUAAAAAGAACUGUGAAAAAAUAUGAAGAAAUCCUCGAGGCUCGUGAAGAAGAGAUGACAGCAAAAGUUCAUGAGUUGCAGGCACAGCUAGAAGGUUUGCAAAAGGAAUACAAACAAAGGAUGGCUGAAGAGGAACAUUGGAACAGUGAAAAAUGUACAAAUCCACUGUUCUUUCAGGCACAACUUGCACAGAAGACAACCCUUGUCAAUGAUUCAAAACUGAAAGAGCAGGAGUUCAAAGAGCAGAUUCAUGUACUGGAAGACCGUCUGAAAAAUUAUGAGAAGAAUAUGUAUGUCACCUCAGUUGGAACACCAUACAGAG